CCUCUAAAACUAUCUGUGUCCACAAAUCUUGUGACUAAAAGGAAUUGAAAGCCAAAAGAAAAUCAAUUAAUAAGGCCAUGGAAGUAACUGAAGAUGUCAUAAUUGUGGGAGCUGGAAUUGCUGGCCUCACAACAAGCUUGGGACAUUACAGGCAGGGUAUUAGAAGCUUAGUGUUGGAAUCUUCGGAUAGUCUGAGGAUAACAGGAUUUGCAUUGCUAACAUGGACAAACCCUUGGAAGGCAUUGGAUGCGGUUGGAAUUGGUGACUCCCUUCGCCAACGACAUGAGCUGCUUCGAGGGAACGUGACUUCCUCCACAAUUUCAAGGCUCCAAACAUCAAAAAUGUCAUUUGUUGCCAAAGGGAAACAUGGAGAGCACGAAGUUCGUUGCUUGAGAAGGAAGUUAUUAUUGGAAGCCCUUGCCAAUGAACUCCCUAAUGGCACAAUUAGAUACUCGUCCAAGGUGGUUUCAAUUGAGGAAUCAGGCUAUUUCAAGCUUAUUCAUCUUGCUGAUGGAAAUAUCAUAAAAACCAAGGUAUUGAUUGGUUGUGAUGGUGUGAAUUCGGUGGUUGCGAAAUGGUUGGGAUUCAAGAAGCCUGCCUUUACUGGAAGAUCUGGCUUCAGAGGCUGUGCAAAUUUCAAUACCAAACAUGACUUUGAGCCCAUGUUAAUGCAGUUCUUUGGACAUGGUGUUAGGUUUGGUGCCAUGCCCUGUGAUGAUAAAUGCAUUUACUGGUUUUUCACUCGGAGACCUUCUAACCAAGAGAAAGAGUUAGAAGACAAGCCAGAGCUAAUGAGGCAAUAUGUGAUGAGCAAGCUUGGAAAUAUACCAGAACAAGUAAGAGCGGUAAUUGAGAACACAGAAUUGGAUGCAUUUUUAUCAUCUCCAUUAAGAUAUUGGCAUCCUUGGGAGCUUCUAUGGGGCAACAUAAGCAAAGGCAAUGUUUGUGUAGCUGGUGAUGCACUCCAUCCAAUGACCCCUGAUCUUGGACAAGGGGGUUGUUCUGCUUUGGAAGAUGGUGUUGUUUUAGCUGGAUGUCUUGGUGAGGCACUAUCGGAAAUAAAGCAAAAAAGUGGUAUAGAACCAGAAGAAGAAUACAAGGAGAUUGAAAUGGGUUUGAAGAAGUAUGCCAAUGAGAGGAGAUGGAGGAGCUUUGAUCUCAUUGCUAUAGCUUAUUUUGUGGGUUUUAUACAGGAGGGUAACGGGAAAAUUAUUAGCUUCCUGAGGGACAAAUUUUUUGCCCCAGUCCUGGCAGAUUUACAAUUGAAGAGGGCUGAUUUUGAUUGUGGGAAGAUCAUAUAAUCCUUAUGUAUGUCUAAAUUACCAUGUUUUGAAUUCCCUGUGGACUGGAUUAGAUGUAAAACAGAUGAAUGAGGCUCGUCUAGUGGUAUUCCCCUUAGAUCCACGCAUCACCUUGCUGCUUUUUGGAUUAGUUAAUUAUUAUAAUCCUAUCCAAUAUAUAUAUAUAU